GUUGCCGCUGCAGCUGGGUGACUAGGACGUGUUAACGGUGAAAUUCAUUCAUGAAUCAUUGUUAUUAUGCUAAUUCAUUCUAUUUCUACCACUUUCCACGUUUACUUUGUUUCUAAACCAAAACCCAUAACAUAGAUAAGGUUUGAGUUGGGAAAAUUGUACCCAGAAGAACAAAAAUUAAACCCAAUAAAUUAAAAAAAUGGAGGAAAAGUUAUCAUCAUUUGCAAAAUCAUCAACACCUUCUCCAAUUCAGCAACUUUCUCAUCUAGCUCAACGUUGUAAUGCCAUCAAUCUUGCUGAAGGUUUUCCUGACUUUCCUGCUCCUUCCCACAUCAAAAACGCUGCCAUUUCCGCCAUUAAUUCUGACUUUAAUCAGUACAGGCAUGUCCAGGGAAUAUGUGAUUAUGUGGCAAAGAAUAUGAAGGACAUGCAUGGUUUGGAUGUUGACCCGACGACUGACGUGGUGAUUUGUUGUGGUCAAACAGAGGCAUUUUCUGCAGCAAUGUUUGCCUUACUUGAUCAUGGUGAUGAAGUUAUUGUGCUCGACCCAUCAUAUGAGACAUAUGAAUCUUGCAUCAGCAUGGCUGGAGGAGUGCCAGUAUUUGUGCCCCUAGACCCUCCUUAUUGGACUCUGGACCCGGAAAAGCUCAUGAAGGCUUGUACUUCUAAGACAAAAGCUAUAGUCUUGAACAGCCCUCAUAAUCCAACAGGGAAAGUGUUUGGACUAGACGAGCUGGACAUAAUUGCUGAAGCUUGCCAUAGAAGUGACUGCCUAGCUGUUACAGAUGAAGUAUAUGAGUACAUAACCUAUGAUAAUGAAAAGCACAUAUCCCUCGCUUCACUUCCAGGAAUGCAAGAGCGGACCAUCAUCACUUCGUCCUUGUCCAAGACUUAUUGUGUGACAGUUGGCAUUUGUAUAGGUUGGAGAAUUGGAUGGGCCAUUGCUCCCACAUGUAUUGCUGAUGCUAUUAGGAACAUCCAUAUUAGACUUACUGAUUCUGCUCCGGCACCUUUCCAAGAAGCCGCCUUGGCAGCUUUGCGGAGCCCCCCGCAGUAUUAUGAUUCACUUAGAGAUGACUUCGAAUCAAGAAGAGACUUCAUAGUAGAACUGCUCAGUGGGAUUGGUUUUGAGAUCGAGUUUAAGCCUCAGGGUUCAUUUUUCAUAUUCGCAGAGCUACCCAAGGAUUAUAGACACUCUGAUAUAGACUUUGUCGAAGAAUUGAUAAAACAGGCAGGCGUAGUUGCUGUUCCAGGACGUGGAUUUUUCCAUACCAGGCGCCCCCCUGAUGGCUAUCAGAAAAGGUACAUCAGAUUUGCUUUCUGCAAAAGCAGUCAGACUCUGAUUGCUGCUCUUCGCAAAAUAAGUGCACUUUUAAACCCCUCAGGUCAUCUCAAGCUAUUUACAUCCGGAAUAGACCCUGAUUCUUAGAAACUUUGUAAUUUGUUAUUCGUAUUCACUGUUUCCAUUCACCUUUUCUUCGUUCCAUAGUGGUAUCACAUUGAAAUUGUAGCCACUCUUGCAAUUAGUGCUUCUAUGUUUCACAAUGAAUCUUAGUAUGUGGUGUAGUGGUCUUCUAGUAAAGAAUCAAGCAGCUGGAGUCAGACAGGUUGGGGACUACUGAGUACUAACUUCCUUUCCUGGCCAUCUCAAUGUUCGCACGCCUCUGAUGACUCUGUCCACAACUCGACCUUGGUCUGCUUUUAUCCCUCCCAAAAACCGUAGUCUGCUUCCUCCCAUCACCGCGGCCUUUACCCCUCACAAAAACUCAUACAUUGCAGCUUGAAGUGGAUACCACUCAUUCUCAAACAUCCUAAUGUCAAGGAGGAAUCCUCCUUGCAUCUGCCAUUUUACUUAAUAGCAAGCCUGUUGCCUCAAUUGGUAGACGGUGGACUAGUGUUUACCAUUAGUAGACACAGGCCAAAACGCAGCGCAAAAAACAUAAAACGCGUGAAACUAAUGUAUAUUAAAUGUUCUCCAAUGAACAUGUGAAACUAAUGUACAUCAACUAUUAUCCAAUUAACAUCGAUCUCGACGAUUCUCCUUUGUUGACCUUUAACUUUAUAAAUUGUUUAUUGCAAAUUUUUAUUUGUUCA